AUGGUACAUGACCUAGUCAGCUCUCAACAAUACAUGCAGAACAAUAUGCAUACAAACAAUGAUGUGGUACACAAAAUUGAAGAUACACAACAGGAGCAGAAGUCUGCCAUGGAUAUGUUGGCCAAGCAAAUGUCGCAAUUGGCCACGUCAUUGAAUGAGAUGAGGGGACACGAGGGAAGGAUACCAGCUUCAGUAAAACCACCUGAUCUUGCAAAUAUUAGUCAGAUAACUUUGAGGUCAGGACGGGGCUAUGAAGGUCCGGUGAUGAAAGAAGAUGAGAGUACACCUCUUUUGACGAGCAAGGAAGGCAGGAAACUGACCCCUGACCUAGAGGAUACUGAGAUAAGGAAUAUCAGAGUGGAAGACGGUCUUCAAAAAGGGGACCUGGAGAAACCACUACCUCGAAUGGCUGAUCCAUUUUUCUUAGACCAAGAGCCUGGAGUGGAGGUUGAGGAAGAAAGGAAAAAAGUCAGAGAAUCGUCCGUCCCAGCUUUGAAGCUUCCUAUAUUCAGUAAAUUCAUUAAGGAGUUCAUAGCGGGAAAAACCAAGCCCGACGGGAAGAUAGUAAUUGGAGAAAAUGUGUCGGUUGUGAUACAGAAGAGGAGGAUGCCAUCAAAAUGCACAGACCCAGGAGCCUCGAUAAAUGUGUUACCACUUUCGAUAUAUAAGAAGUUGAUAGAGGUAAGUCUGGUUGAUACGAAAGUAGUAAUUCAGUUAGCCGAUAGAACAUGCAUUUCACCCGAAGGUGUGCUGGAGAAUGUGAUAGUAAAAGUGCAUGAUUUCCUGUACCCAGCUGAUUUCCAUGUAAUAAAAAUGAGUGAUACUGAAUCUGCUGAGUCUAGCGGAGUGCUUUCAGGAAGGCCAUUCUUACGCACCGCUAAGACUAUUAUUGAUGUGUUUGACGGUACUAUAUGCCUAGACUAUCAUAGAGAGAAAUACACCUUUAACAUUGAUGAAGCUAUGAAAAAACCAUUGGAUGUGGAAAAUUUGCAUGUUGUUGAUGUUAUUAACCCCCUGGUCCAGGAGUACCUUGAGAUCGAAUUAAUGCAGGAACAGUUUAACAAUUUGGAGCUGAGUCAGUCUGUUGACAAGGAGGUAGCAGGAUGGUGUGAAACCCUAUUAACUCGGAACCUGACAGACGAACAGAUUAAUGAAGCGAUCAUGGCAUUUUGCAACCAACCACUGUCAUUCGAGUCUACGGGGUCUAUUCAAGUGAGGGGCCCAGACGAGGGAACUGACUUGGGUGAAAUGGCAACAGGAGGUCUGGAGAAAAACCCCCUGCCCCAGGAAGCCAUCACACCAAAGAAGGAGUUGAAGAAACUACCCGAGACCCUAAAGUAUGCCUACCUUGGGGAAGAUGAAACAUUCCCAGUGAUAAUCAACAGCCACUUGACAGCGGAAUAG